AUGGCGAAGCCGUUUUUGGCAAUUCUUUUCUUGUUAUUAAUAGUAGAAUUUACGCGCGUAGAAGCGCAGUCUUCACAAAAUGCAACAGAAAAUAACUCAACUUUGCCGAGACGACACGACUAUAAGCAUACCUUUAAAAAACCAUACUACUAUAAUGAAACUGUACCGUUCUUUGACACAUAUGGGAACACAUUAUUAGCCCAGGAUUUUAUCAGACUAGCACCGAGUGUACCUCACCAUUCAGGAGCAAUAUGGUCACAAUUACCAAACACUUUCAAAGAUUGGGAAGUGGAAUUUUCCUUUAAAAUAUAUGGCAAUUAUUAUAUUGGUGGUCGAGGGAUUGGGUUUUGGUACACAAAAGAUCGUGGGGAAUCCGGUCCGGUACUUGGUAGCAAAGAUCAAUGGGAUGGCGUGGGAAUUUUUUUUGAAACGUCUGAUGCUUCGCGAAAUCGCGUACAUCCACUUAUUAUGGGUCAACUGAAUGAUGGCAAAACGGCAUACAAUAAUUUAACGGACCCCGAGAAAAAUUCAUUUGCCGGCUGCUAUCGACAAUUCCGUAACGCACCAUCCCCGAUUUACGUGAAAGUAACUUAUUAUAAUAACACAAUCAAGUUGGCUGUUGAUGCAAAUAAUCACGGACAACAUUAUCUUCCUUGCUUUGAAGCCGAUGACGUUAAAGUCCCGACAGGAUAUUAUUUUGGACUUACCGCAGCCGCUGAAGGUGAAACACCAGACGAUCACGACGUGUUGUCUUUUGAAUUAUACGAAUUAAACCCACCACCAAAAGAAAAUGUACCAUUACGUCCACACGAAAAAGAAAAGUCUAAAUCGCAGCCAGCAGAAGAUUACGUGAUUCCAGAGGAUGUACAACAGCGAAUCGAAGAAGUUGCCAAAGUUGUAAAUCCUAUUACUGAAGAAUCGAAAGAUAAAGAAGAUACGAGAAGCUUAGAUUUCGUAAAGGGAAUGCAAGUUCAGAUACUUGAAACUCUUGAAGUGAUACAAGAUCGAAUUGAUCGUAUAGACGUCAAUGCAGCAUCUGAUAAGAAAAAUACUAAUAAUUUCCCUCACACCGGAGGAUUUCCAUCUCAAGGAGAAGGUCACCAAUUGACUGCCGUCAUUCAAAAACUCGAUAGAAUAAUUAGUGGAAUAGGUAGCCUAGAAGCACGUAUAAUUCAUAUAGGAGGCGUCGCACAUGGCAGUCCAAAUCCCAGUCCAAAUCCCAGUUCAAAUCCCAGUUCAAAUCCCAGUUCAAAUCCAAAUUUUAAAGAUGAAUUACAACGUAUUAUACAUAAACUUGAUGCUUUGGAUUCUCGAAUGACCGGACAACACUAUCAAACACAAAAAGUGAUAAAGGACGCCACUAACACACAAGCUGUCGAGACUACUACAUCGACAUGGAUGUGGAUAAUGUAUUUAUUUUUGACAUCGUUGGUGCUUGCUUGUGGAUAUGUGGUGUAUCAAACUAGAUUAGAGAUUAAUCAAAAAAAAUUUAUUUAA